AUGGCCACGACAACUGGGCCCUCGCCCUACGCCGAGAUUGUGUCCUCGCUGCGCAGCUCCCUAAACUUCCUCGAGUCCUCGGUCCGAAUCCUCGACAGCGGGGUAUGCGACUACCCUCGCCUCAUCAAGGUUCUCAAGACCGUCCGACACUACGAACUCAUCCCGCAGACCACCCUAGCCGCCGCGGAGGCCUCGCUCCGCGACGAGAUCGGCCCUUACAUUGCGCUCCUGCUGUCCCGGGCCGAGGCCCAGGUCGGCAAGCAAGACCGACGCAUAGAGACUCUCAAGGCCCGGGCUGAGCUUCAGCAGGGCCGGCUCUCGCGCCCCGGCGAGGCGGACCGGUCGGCCGCGCCGACGGCCCGCAAGCUGGUCGGGGAGGACAAGCUGAGAGCCCGCAUCGUCCGCCAGCGCAAGGAGGCUCUUCGCUACGGAGUAGAACGCCUGGAGCUGGAGGUGCUGCAGAAAGAACGCGAGCUGAGAAGACGACUGGACGGGUGA